CCUGCUUGUGUGGGCUUUGGCUUAGUGGGGAAUAGGAGCUGAAAGAGGGUGUGCCACUGUCCGACUGGGAUUGUGUUGCAAAUGGGAGGGUUCGCUGAGUGAUGCCUUACUUCCCCCGCCUCCUCCCUCUCAGGUAGCUUUUCCCAUUUUGGGAUUUGGAAUCGCAAACAGAGGUUCUCGACAGCGGAUCUCACAGCCUUUGCAACAUGUCGGAGUCAGCUGAAGCCGUGGCAGCCGACGUGAGCAGCAGGAGAAGUGCUGUCAUUGAACUCUCAAAUGUGACCAACAACUACUGCCUCCUCAACCCCAAGGUGUACCUGGAGAACGGGGAGACUUACAACCCACCUCAGCCCACAGUGCGUCCUCUCAAGACCGAGGUUUGCACCUUCACCAAGUCAGGCGGCAAAGCGACCGGCUGCGUCGGCGUGAUGACCUACGACCUAUUCGAGCGGUCGAAGAACGACUACAUCGAGACGCUGGCCAUCAUGUUCGCCGUUCCCUGGGACUACAACCUGUACAAGAACUGGUUCGCGGUGGGCAUCUAUAAGAAGGGUCGUAACUGCGACAAGGAUUUGUACAAAGAGAUGUACUACGAGAAAAAGCAGCAUGGGUUCGUCAGGGAGGCAGCCAAUGGGUCAGGGAUCAAUCACGUGGGCGACUAUCUAGAUAUCAAGGCCACCAUGUGUCCCCUUGGUAAUUCCAUCAUGAAGGUGGAGGUGUGGGAUAAGCUUUUCACCCCCAGCCUGGUCCAACAAGCAUAUUAGAGACCCCUCCCCAACCUGUGCUAGCAUGUUCCCAGCAGCAGAAGUCAUCAAUCCCCCUUUUUCCAAUGCAGUCAAUAUGCAUGAUUCAACAGAUGUAUUGUUGCUGACAUGUGUCUGUUUACCUGGGUAUUAACUCUCAGUAAAUCUGCUUAGGAUCAGAGUUUAAUUUGUUUAUAAAUCCAGGAUGCAAUAUCCCCCUUUUAUACCCGAAGCCUCUGUCAGUUUCCAUAGCCUCCCAGUUCAAAACGGCAUCUUUAGAAAUGGAAAUCAAAGGAUGAGUCAGUGGAGGAUGAGGGCAGCUUAAUAAAACACACUGAGAGCUUGUCUGUAUUUACCUUGACACUGUCAUCACAGGAAUAAAGUAAACCUUUUUUUUUUUGCUGAAUCUAUUUGUGUUCGAGUGUCUGUUGAUUGAGUUUAGAGGAAUGUUUCAAAAUAAAUAAAUAUAUAUCAAUAAUGUUGAA